UUUUGACAGCCUCCAAACUGGGAUACACUCUCCAGGACACAGGAUCUACUUGAGCUUUGGCAGGAGAGACCAGACUCCAAAGCGAGACGAAUGAAAGAAGAGGGGGAGACCCACGUAGCCAGGAUAUCAGAUGUCCAUCAUCCUUUCGGGCCUUAUCCACGUCUUCCGACCACUACUGUCCUCCCUCUCGGGUGCACUCGACUGCAAGGGUGUUGGACCAUGGUACUUCCUGCUGGGUCUCCGCAUUGUGGCCAUCUUCUUCUCCAACGGCCCCUGGGAUUUGACAAGGGAGUAUAUCGAAUGCAAUUUGCCCGAGGAUAUAGGCGAGAGGUCACGGGACUUCUGCUGGGCCCUAUGCCAAAACGAACAUUUCCCGAUCUCCAUCUCGGCCAUGUGGGGGCUGGAGUUCAUCGUGUUGCUCCUCCUUAUAGGGCUUAUGAGGCUCACCAGCCCCAAGAAAAAGAAAAAGGGGGAUGAGAAGGAGAAAGAGGAUAGCGACAAAGGCCUAGUUAUUGUUGAAUCACUACCCCAUGGAGGCGUGGCUGACAUGUCCACCAUCUACACGGUUGGGAGAGAUGGCCUCCCAAGUAGCUAUACCCACCAUCAUGACCCAUCAACCCAUCCCCACCAUCGCCCCCAUCCUCACUAUGCUGAUUGGCAUGACUGGCAUAGUUGGGAUGGGAGACGUGUGCCCCACAUGGCUGGAGGAUACGGCACUGAUGCAGGCGUUGGUCCUUAUGAAGUUGGACGGCACGGCAUGCCUUCCCAGCCUGAGCCCAUGGGCCAAACCAAAAUGCCUGUCAACUGUUACGACAUGGGUCAGCACAAAACGAGUGUAUGUUCAACGGAUCUCAGGCCCAGCAAGAUGAGCGCACAUUCUUCUGGGGCAGAUCAAUAUGGACUGUCUCCCUUCCAAAGUCAUACAAAGCAAACCAAUGCCAGGCCCUAUUGUGGUGAAACAGAACAGUAUAAUGAGCCCACUAGGUGCCCCCCUGUUCCCAUGGGCAGCUCCCCUUAUAAAGGCCAAAUGGGCCCCCAGUGUUGGCCGGCUGACGAACACAAUGAGGCCUUCCUCCCGAGAUACAUAGACCCUGAAGAAUGUGGAGGUGUUGAAUCUACUGACCAUGUGUACAUGAUGGGGACCCGUGUGAGAUACACCGGCCAAAGUAAGAUGCCCCCCAGAUACUGUGAAGAUGGAAGACACAGCAUGGAAGCCAAAUGCAAGGCAGCCGCUGAAGCCGGCAGGGGCCGUAUUACUCUCCACCCAAGGAUGGAUGGCCAGGCAAACAUGGCCAUCAAACGCAGGCCGGUUCAGGGGAAUAAGAUGCACCCCAAACGCCAUGUGGUUUUUGAUGCCAGUAGCAGGCCCAUGGCUUCCAACUGCAGGCCCAUUGGCAGGAAGAAUAUCAUGGCAGGACCUGGCCUGGCCCCUGGACCGACAUUGUGUUGCCAUGGCAAUGCAGCCUGUACAUGCGCUGAGACACAUGAUCCCUGUCACAACGUGGGGCCCCAGCAUGAACCCCAGAAUGAGCCCUGCUGUUGCACUGAGCCCACCCACAACAGACAUAGAGGAAGCCCUCCCGGGCCGCAGGAGGAAGCCAAGAUGUCCAUCACGAAGAUCUGUGGGGUACCUCUCUUUGACGUCUGGGUGGGACUACUCCUAGCUCUUGAGAUCUGCUUCCUCUGUUACGUUAUUCUCUUCAUGAUGCCCAGGCUUUUGGGGCUCACGUGGUUGUGCAUUGGAGGAAUUGGGCGGUGCCCACUAUCUAUCGAAUGCACAGUGAAAGAGAGGGCCGAAAAACGGGUUGCGUUGUGGAGCCUGGUUUUCACCUCCAUCCUUUUCAUCAUAGCCUGCAGUGGCUACUUUAACCUGCGGUUCUGCUGGAACAGGAGGUGCCGCCAGAUGUGCAAUGAGGAAGAGGAGAGGCGGGAAGAAGAGGAAAUGGAGUCUGAGGCACGGGUGUUCAGGGGGGAUGCAGAAGGUGGUAAUGAUGGGAGCCACAGUCCCGGGCUGUGA